GUGCACGUGCGACUUCCGGCAUGUACGGCUCCCAAAGCCCACCUUCCUUGGUGAGGGAAGCACGCUAUAAAUAAACAUCAUUGUUAUUAUAAUUUUAGCAAACUACAGUAUGGCAGUGUGACACACAGUAAUGACUUGCUGUUGUAUUGAUUGGUUUGACUCGGACCUGAUUAGCUUGAUGUGAAUAAUGUGACUCGACUCUGCGCGUGACUCGACUUAAAAAUCCGCCAUGGAUGGUAAUCGUGGCUACAACCCAACAAUAUCAAGGGAUGCAAUCGAGUCUGAUCUGACGCAUCUACACAGUUAUCGAACCUGAGGGCGUCGACCUAGUUUGAUGUUGAUCGAAGGAAUGUACUGCGAAUCUCGGGGCGGACAACAGCUGACAACUUAUUAAACUGACAACUAAUCAGAGCCAUCGUGACGAACACGACGCAUGUGAUAAUGAUUCAGACCCAGGUAGACAAAGGCGUAUAAAUACAGGUGACAGCCGAUUAGCUGUGUGUCUGGAGAAAUACAUUUGUGGUCGCAAACUCAACCUGCCAAAAAUUUGAGAAAGACUGUCGACAAGAUGAAACCCGCCAUUGUUAUUUGCAUGGCUCUUUUAACAUUUUACCAGCCGCUAGUGACGUCGAAAAAUCCUCACAUUCUCUUCAUCGUGGCAGACGAUCUGGGCUGGAACGAUGUGGGUUUUCGAAAUUCUGAAAUCCACUCGCCAACCUUAGACAAAAUGGCGGAAGCUGGAAUUAUCCUCAAUUCUUCGUAUGUGCAGCCCGUAUGCUCACCCUCCCGGGCAUCCUUCAUGUCGAGCUACUUUCCCUUCCGGCUGGGCCUGCAGCACAAGACCAUCAUUGCCAGCCAGAAAGCCUACCUGCCCGCUGACGUCAUCACCCUCCCGCAACGGCUGCGCGAGCUGGGUUACGCCACACACAUCGUGGGCAAGUGGCACCUAGGCUUCUGCAACUGGAACUAUACCCCGACUUUCAGGGGGUUUGAUUCCUUCUACGGCUUCUACAACGCCAGAGAGGACUACUACAAUCACACCGGCAGCCGCGAUGCCUAUGACUUCCGGUCCAACACAUCCGUGGAAGUCGCUGCCAAGGGACACUACUCCGCUGACCUGUUCUCGGCGAAGGUAGUGGAGAUAAUCAAGAGCCACGAUCCCUCGCGGCCUCUCUUCAUUUACCUCCCUUUCCAGUCUGUCCACGACCCGUUGCAGGUUCCUGAGGAGUACGUGCAGCGGUACUGUUCAAAGGUGGUCAAGGAGUCGAGGCGGUUGUACUGCGGGAUGGUGGCUGCCCUGGAUGAGGCGGUGACCAACGUCACUAGCACCAUGCAGGAGGCGGGGCUGUGGGAAGAUACAAUCGUAUUCUUCACAACCGACAACGGCGGGCCGAUCCCUGAAGGGGCAGACAAUUGGCCACUAAGAGGGUCGAAGGGUACUCUGUGGGAAGGAGGAACCCGCGGUACAGCUUUUAUCUACAGCCAAAGCUGGCUAAACAAGACAGGAUACACCUACAACGGAUUAUUUCAUGCCGUGGACUGGUAUCCGACCAUCUUGUCGGCUGCUGCCGGCAGCAAGGCCAAUCACCUGUUAGAGAAAACCGAUAUCGACGGAAUUAGCCAAUGGCAGGCUCUGUUACAAAACGGCCCCAGCCCUCGAGACGAGUUUGUGUAUAACAUUGACGAAAUCGAUCAGAACGGAGCUCUGCGAUUGGGUCGUUAUAAGCUGAUUGAAGGAAGACCAGGCACCAUAGGUCAGGAUGUCGAGGAAACGGACGACCUCAACAUUUAUGACGAGGCGUGGGACAGGGCAGUUGAUUCUUCUGACAUGUCGACGGAAGGUGCCGUUCCGACCUACCAACUGUACGACAUCGAGGCCGACCCGACUGAGACCACCGACAUCGCAGACAAGUACCCGGAUGUGACACGCCAGCUUCAGGCGAGGCUGGCAGACUGGAAGAAGUUGCUGGUUCCCGCUAACUUCCCGCCUCCUGACCCUGCGUCGGAUCCGAAGAACUUUGAUGGGGUGUGGUCACCUGGUUGGUGUUAACAGGAAGAAGUUGAGAUGACUAAAAAAGAAAAUGUCCACUAAACGGGUAGAUUCUUUUCCUGCCUGCUGGUGCUUCAUUUCACAAAACAGAAAUAUUGGUCUUACUUAGACCACCUCUUACAUAUACUCUACAAUAUAGGUGCUUAAGGAGUCCAAAACUCUAGUUUUUCAUGCUGUAAGGCACAUUUGACAUAAACUUUAUGUUGAUGCUGACACUGUGUGAGGGGGAGAGAAGUGUGAGUGAUUGGGGGAGAGUAGGUGAGUGUGUGAGAUGAAUCGGGUGAGUGAAAGUGUGUGUGUGAGCGAGAGAGAGGGAGGGUGUGUACGAGUGUACUAGUGAUUGGGUGAGUAGGUGAGUGGGUGAGAGUAAGGGAUUGGGUGUGAGUGUGAGUGGGCGAGUGAAAGUAAGUGUGAUUGGGUGAGGCAGAAUGAGUGAUUGGGUGAGGUGAACAACAGAGUGAGCGAAUGAGGGAGUUAAAAGCCACAACAAGCCCAAGAGGUGUUUACACGAUUAAGCUUCAGGGAUUUUUGCAUACAAAUAUGUUUCUUAAAAACACGCAGAUGCAUAAGACUAUUAUCAACAACGCUGCAGAAAAACAUAAAAAUCAAAAACAACAACAGCACAAUAUUAAACACUUAUUGCUGUUUGACUCGUCUCCGUAAACAGUCCUCUCAAAACACACUUGAGCACCAAGUCCCACGGUCUCGCCGGUGAUAUAUCUGUGUAUAUAUAUAUUUAAAUGACUUGUCCUGUAUCCUUCUUAGUGCAUGAAGUGCUUCUAUAUCGAGAGCAUGACAACGUGUGCAUGCGUGGGUAUGUGUGCGUGCGAGGGUGUAAAGAGGUGCGCGGUAGUGUUUGUGAAUCUGUCAAGUUGCCUAGUUUGAAUUUAGUUGCACAGGAGGGACAACCCAGCUGCUAGGGGGGGGGGGGUUCUUUGCUCGUUAAGUAAAAUGAUUCAGUCACGUGACCAUCAGCAUGUCUGUCAAAGGUCAACGUCUCCUUGGCGGCUGAUGUGAAAUCCUCCUGCUCCAGUUUUGAACCUUGCUCCACGUGUUCAGACGUUUUGAAGCGUUCAUUAAAACACUUUUUACAAAAACAA